AUGAAAAACUUCUCCAGCAUUCUCCUUUCGCUAUCCCGCAAGUCCUGCUUCACAGCCAUGGCGACCCCUAAGAAGCUCAAAGUUGCGGUCUUGGGCCCAUCAGGCCAAUGUGGCCAGAGUGUGGUCAACGAGCUUCUAUCUCGCAACCAUGAUGUUGUCGGACUAUCUCGCAACCCACCAAAAACUUGGACCUCAACAACCAACACUGGCUCCUACACAGCCGAAUCUGUUGAUGUUUUCGAUGACUCAAGCCUUGCCCGAGCCUUUUCGAAGGGCUAUGAUGCUAUAGUAUGCUCGUACGCACCGCCCCUCGGCGACUUUUCGAAAUUGUACCAGCUUGGUGUCGAGGGCCAUGCAAAGAUCAAGACAGCUCUGCUUGCCUCUGACCACAAGGGGCCUUUCGUGGUAAUUGGGGGCGCUGGGUCGCUUCACUGCGCCGACAGACGUCAGCUGGUCGACCAGCCGGACUUUGCCUUUGGCUGGUGGUACACCUGGCCAAGCCAACACGUUGAGUAUAUGCGUGUGCGUGCCUCAGACCAUGGCGCGUCUUUCUUCUCGCGGUUCAUAGGGGGCUUUGCUUGGGCCAGACAAACCGUGGAGAAGACUGGCUUGCUUUCUACAGUUCUGCGUCCUUUCGCACGGCUGUAUUUGCGAUGGGCUAAGAAAUUCCUAACCAGCAACGAAACCAUCUCGCUCAUUACACAGUCCAGAAUUGCUCUUCGCCUGUGGCAAGGCGUUACGGAAAAGCCGUGGACGUUCUUGUCACCACCAGGCCAACUUCGCGACAAAGGAGUCAGAACCGGACAGUACCGUGUGUACGUCGAUACCGCAGAGGACCCUGCAGUGGAAGCCACUGAGCGAGGAAUAUACAACGAAGAUAUGGCGGUUGCAAUUGUUGACGAGGUUGAAAAGAACCAGCUGAAUUGGAAGCACUGGACUUGUACUGGGCCGAUUGACUUGGGAAGAUGGUAA